GUUGGGCUCGUCGAGGGAGACUUCGUGCUGGUGCACUACCGCGUGGGCGGUGCGCGGAUCUGGCAUGAGCGCUUGAUCGUGGUGCUGCAGCCGACCGCACCUUUCGGCACCGGCAUCCUGACGCCCGACGGGCACGCCUACGUCGAGGCGAUCGCCCCGAACAGCGCGGAUGUCAGGGACGACGCGAUCCCUGGCGGCGGAGCUGUGGGCGGACAGUCGCCACAGAUGGGAGCCGACGAGGUCUACCGCUUCCGCGGGCUCCCGCUACCGGGUGAGGUAGCCGCAGCGUCAGCGUCCACGAGGGCGGCUCGGGGAUUGCCGCCUGGGCCGCCGAUCGCGCUCAACACAGCUGGGAGCGUGAUCGUGCCAGUGGGGCCGCCAGCAGAGGCCGCCGCUGCCGCCGCCCCCGCCCGGGCGCCGGCUGCCCCCGCCGCAGGCGCUGUGGGCGGGCUUGCGGGGCUUGCGGCGGCGCUGGGUGGCGGUCCUGGCGGCGGCGCCGCUGAGGGCGGCGCCCUGGUGCCCGCCGCCGCCGUGCCGCCCCCGGCCCACGCCGCUGCCCCUUUCCCCGCGGGUGGCGCGGCUGACGGUGCCUUGGGUGCGGCCGCGGGCGCGCUGGGCGGCGCGCCAUGGUCGCCGCUGGUGGCGCAGCGCGCAGCCCUUGGCGGCCUCGCGGCAGGGCUCGCAGCCAUCGCCGGCUUGCCAGGUGGAGACACCAGGAUCCAGACGGUCACUCUGGACACGGAGGGUGUCAGGCACGUCGACUUCCGCGCUGGUGCGGUCCGUCUCCAUGAGUUGCCAUGGGGGGGCUGGCCCUUCAAGGGUCCUCGCACGCUCUUGUCGGUGCUCAGCUUCAUCUGCCGGAAUGGAGGGACUCCCCUGGGCUGGCAUACGAAGUGGGUCUCGGAGGAGUUCCUGGAGCCAGACGACCCAGGGGUCGACGCGCACCUCGUGCGCUGCCGCCUGCUGGACAUGGAGCUGGUCGGCCGCGCCCUUCAAACGCGGGGGGAGCUCUACCGGGACAGGUUCGUCGCGUCGUCGGAGUUCGGCUCGGGCGCUGCACCGAUGUCGGGCGCUCUGGAUGCUGGCGGCAACGCGCGCGUUGUCCCAGCCCGUCGCGACUGGCUCGCGGCGGAGAAGGCGCGAGAGGCAAGUGUCGCCAAGGAGCGGCGCAAG